GAGGAAGGGAUAUCCCAGAUUACCUCUAAAAAUAGGGAUUGCAAUCAAUGCUUCGUAUGGAACUUUCCAAUGGAAAUCACAUUCAAGAGCACCAAUCCAUUUGGCUGGCCGCAGAUAGUUAUAAGUGUGUAUGGUGCUGAUCUGUUCGGAAAUGAUGUGGUCCGUGGCUAUGGAAGUGUUCAUGUUCCCACAACUCCUGGAAGGCAUAAAAGAACUGUUCCAAUGUUUGUCCCAGAGUCUUCAUCUAAGCUGCAAAAAUUUACAAGCUGGCUCAUGGGAAGGCGCCCAGAAUUUACAGAUCCUAAAGUGGUUGCACAAGGAGAAGGAAGAGAAGUUACAAGAGUAUUGUCACAAGGCUACGUAACCAUCUCUUUCAACAUCGUCACCAAGGACUUGAAGAAACUUGGAUAUGAUUCAAUCCCUACUAAUCAGAUAUCUGACAAUACAGGAUUCUAAAUACAAUGGGAAACAAUAAAUUGAAAAUUGUUGCUACUAUUCUGAAAUGUGUUUUUUAUUAAACUAAUUAAGGUCAUAUUUAGAAAAUGCAUGUUACUGCCUAUAGUCUACUGUUUAUAAAAUAUCAGUGUUACUAGCUGCUACUCAGAUUCUCUGAUCAGGAAAGCAUGUAGUUAAAUAGCAUGGUCCAAGGACAAUAUCAGAUCCCACAUGAAUCUAGUUGUAAUUCUGCAACUGCAGUCUUCUGAAAUAUAAUUAACAAUUGAUCAUCAGAAAAAAGUUGAGUAUACUUUGCAGAUGACUUUGACGUCCUUUGCAGAUGUAGAUAUGACCUAGAAUUAUUCAACUGUUCCGAUCAAGAUCAGCCAUUUUGUAUUUCAUUCUUUGCUGGAUUUUGAGACAAGGAAAAAAAAAUUGUCCACCUGCCCUCUCCAUUCUGCAUGUUGAUGAUUCAUUUGGUUAUCCACAAAAAAGUCAUCAUCUUAAGUAUAAAGCUGACCUCAUUAUGAGCAAGAUAUAUUAGAAAAAUCUUCUCCAGGCCAUAAAGGUUUCAGCACAAUGCCUCACUCUUUUCUCAAUUUCUCUCACACUUUAGCUGUGGCUCAGUAGUAGCAUUCUUGCUUGACUUCAUACUAACCACGUGAAGAUUCAUCCUGUUCUAUAUCAGACGUUUUAAAUUGGUAAAAAGGAUUCCAAUGACGACUGAAGCACAAACAUCCAACUUCAUUAACCAAAAAUUGUUUCUUGACUUUUGUUUUUGUAUAAAAAAUGCAUCUGAUGAAGCAUUAAAUAGAUUAUCCAGUAAUUAUAGUUGCAUGGUACAUUUUACAUAAAAAAAAACUUACUAAGAAGGUAGGAGUUAUCAAUAAAUUGAGCUCUUUUGGAAACAAAUACAACCACAGAAUUUGAGUUACUUUCUAGUCAUUUUUCUGUUUUUCGCACUGUUAGGGCUAUUCUCAGAUUUACACAUCUGUCAGCAAUGAGACUGACAAUCAUUUUAAAAAAUUCAGAAUAUGGAGAAAACCUUUUGCCUUCUGUGAGAUAGCAGAAGUAUCAUCAAUAUUAUGAAUCAAAUUGUUCCAGUGUAGGGUACACCAAGAUCUUUGUAAAAUGGCUCAUGGCACAACAGGGAUGCACUCAGUCAGAAAGUGUAGCGUGUUCCAUGAUGUGUGAUGGUGAUUAAAAAGGUAACAAAUAACUUUCGUAACCAAAUUUUGCCAUCAUCAAACCAGAAAAGGUGUUCUGUCUUUCACAGAAAUCAGUAUUGUGUACAAUGCCGAGUACACCCCAAUGACUGAUGAUUCUUAUUGUGAAGGCUCAGGACAUAAGACCAUAAGAUCUAGAAACUUCAGUUCUAAAGUGGACCAAAGACUAUAUGACUAUUUGUAAUCCUGUAUUAGGUGUUAAGAAAGGAAUGUCAGUUUGUUUCAAAUUUUAAUAUUUAAGUGUGGCUCUACAUUGUCUGGAAAUCUGUUAAUACACAUUUGAAUGGGGCUUUUUAAAAAUCUCGGGUGAAUAUUUCAAUGCUCAGAUACAAAUGAUUGAGGAGAGAAAAAAAAAUGGUCGAUUGCCUCCUAAUAGGGUGUCCUACGACAUAGGAAACCUGUUUCCUUCUCACCCUUUUAAUAAAGGAGAACCUUUCAGAUGAAGUCUGCAGGUUAUCUCUCCCACCCCUACCUCCCUCCCCAAAAAGAGAAGCAGGGUAAUCAUAGAAAAGAUCUGUACCAGCAGUACUGCUAGUUAGCAGUCUCAAAGGUCCAAAGUGGUUUAGAAGUUAGUAGCAGAAAAGGUCAAGAAACAGAAGGCUUUAACAGGUGUCAGACAGGAAGCAUCCUACAAGGCUAUUGAAUGCAGGAAUUUCAGGAACACACAGGUUCCUGAAGGUGGAGUACAUUUAAAGAUCACAUGAACAGCAUAAGGUAAACAGAUUGUAGAAAGAGUAUUCUAACAAUUUUUUCUAAGUGGUUCAGGAAAUUACAAUGGCAGGUCACUUGAAUAUUAUGAAAAUACAGGCUAAAAUGUUAAAACCUUUUUAUUGGCCAGGAUUACAUAAAGUAAAGUAGUGUUGAAAUUUUGUCAGCAACUCAUCACAUCCUGAGGAUGUCCCACAUGAAAUCACAAUAAAUUAUUUAGUUUUGGAGUGCAAUCACUAUUGUACUGUACCUUUCUCCCCCCAAGCAUAACAUUUGUUAACACCACUGUCUAAUACUUGCGAUUAAUGUUCAAUUGUCAAUACUGCAGUUUUAUAUCUGUAUAUAAUGUGGUAUUACAUUGUUAAUAAGGCAUAACAAAUGUGGAACUUGUAUAAAAUUAGUAACCUUCAGCAAUAUAAAUAUUCAUUUAAGGAUUUAAAGAAAAUAAAUGAAGUAUGCAAACCAUGGUAACAGA